AUGGCGAUGACCCAGGCAGCAAACCUGGUAGAGAAGAUUAUCGGCCACGGUGAUAACGCAACAAUCACCACUGAUGUGUCUAGCUACGACAAUGAACAUGGAGUGGAGACCGGAGAGAUGAUUCAGGCUACUACCUGGCAAGGGAAGAACCAUGUCAAAGUUGUGCAAAUGCCAAAGCCGCGGGUGGUUGACCCUGGAGACGUGAUUGUCAAGGUGACAGGAAGCACUAUUUGCGGUAGCGAUCUUCACCUGUAUCAUGGGGUCGUUCCUCAAUUGGAGAAGGGAGACGUGCUUGGCCAUGAAUGCUGUGGAGUUGUGGACAGUGUAGGGCCGGAGGCAAAGAACAUCAAGAUCGGAGAACGAGUUGUUGUUUCUUUUCCCAUUGCGACCAACGAAAAUACCCUAACCAAUGCAUUGUAUGGAAAACGAACUGCAGGUAUUUUUGGAUAUUCCCAUUUCACAGGUGGAUUUGCCGGUGGACAGGCUGAGUACAUUCGAGUUCCAUACGGCGACGUCAAUCUACUUUCCAUUCCAGACGAAGUGCCAGAUGAGAAGGCACUCUAUGUCUCGGACGUCAUAGCAACAUCAUGGCACUGCGUAGUCGACACCGGUGUGAAGGAGGGAGAUGUUGUUGCGAUCUGGGGAGCUGGACCGAUCGGGCAGAUGUGUGCGCAGUUCAGCUUCUUCCAUGGAGCUAGCCGAGUCAUCCUUAUCGAUGGAGGCGAUGGUGCUUGGCGAUUGGACUUCGUGAAGACCAAAUCACCAAAGGUUGAGACGCUCAACUUCACUGAUCUGCCAAAAGGGGAGUCGGUGACAUCACAGCUGCAAAAGAUGGUCGAGGGUGGACCCGAUAUUGCUUUGGAAUGUGCAGCAGGUGAAUACGCCAAAGGAUGGGCGCAUUACUUCGAGCAGUUGCUUGGGAUGGAGACAGAUACCUCAGAAUUGUUGAAUGAGAUGAUUACUGCCGUUCGCCCAUUUGGCCAUGUUGGGGUGACUGGGGUCUAUGCUGGAUUUACCAAUCACUUUAACAUUGGGGCUCUGAUGCAGACAGGUGUCCAUCUUAUGGGUAAUGGACAGGCUCCUGUCCAUAAGUAUUGGAAGCAUCUUAUGAAUCUCAUUCAGACAAACGAUAUCAAUCCGCUGGAUAUGGUGACCCACCGGGUUCGUUUGGAAGAUAUGGAAAAGUUGUAUGCGGCUUUUAAUAAGCGAGAGAUGGGCAUGCAGAAGGUCUUCGUGCAGACCAAGCACUCUGCUCCUCCAGCAGAUGGAACUCCUCAAUUAACAGAGUUGUGA